AUGGCGCAGGGAGCCAUGGAUUCUGCGCUGACAGAGUGUGGCAGACUGGCAGAAGACAGGUUGGGCUUCCAACGAAGGUGCGCGGAACAGCUGCGAGCAAUCCGUGGGGUGGGUUUGGGUGGGACCUGCGGAGCGAGCGGAAAGAUGAGUGCGGAGCAGACGCAACGGUUUUAUGACGGGGCGCUCGCCAGCUUUGGGAAGAUUGCAGAGAAGAGCGUUAAUGAAGCCAGGCGAAACAAUCCUGCCAAAGCUGAGGUGGUGAAAUCAUUCCGCGUCGGUUAUGAGAAGAUGUUGCACGAGCAAGGGGUAAAGGUGCAACGGGCUAAAGUCUUUACAGAAGCGAAGCUGGAUGCUCUGCUGGCGCACCUUGCGCAGCUAAUCCAGGAUAGUUCCCCUGGUUUAGAGAGGUGUGUGAUGCUGACAGACCAGGCUGCCGUGCUAUACCUGUGGGAGACGCUCGCGCGGGGAAAGGAGUGCGGGCAGCUGCAGCGGCGGCAAGUAGAGUUGGAAGAGCAGGCGGCUUACCCGGGUUGGAGCAAGACGGUCCGGCAGGAGCCAAGCGCGCGGAUUCCGCUCGCGGCGCCGGACUCUCAAAGUCGCCUAACCUUCGUGGAGGCAGCCGAGGCGCUGCUCCUUGGCAUGGAGGACGGAGGGCAUUCAGUCGGAGGGGAUGGGUUCUUGUUCCGAGCCAUGAACAGGAGCCGGACCGGCUUUGUCAACGAGCCAAUGAGCAGUGAUACUCUGAGAAAAAGGUUGCAAAAACGGCUCAAAGAAGCCGGGUUGUUUGAGGGAGAAACUGUACAUAGCUUCCGCCGCUCUGCCGUUCAGCAUGCGGCUGUAAACCUGAACUACAACGUUAAGCAAUUAAUGGAGUUAGGGCGGUGGAAAAGUUAUGCCGCCUUCCGACUGUAUGUGGAGGAAGUGUGGCGCAAAAGAGUCCGCCAGUACGGUUCGGAGGGCGUCGACUGCAUAGCAGCCCGGCAUAUAGCGGGGGGUUACAAAGCGGUCCGCUACGUGCCACGUGUCGGAAGCGAAAAGGUCCACGACUGGCUGGCCGAAGAGCGAGAAGGCGGCCCUUAA